CAAGAAACAAGGAGAAACCACGUUUCGAAGCAGACCCCAAGCAGUAAAAAUUUGAUGUUAGUAAAGGAAAUAUAUCAUGCUCCAAAAAUAAUUUCCCGGAUUGCGUAUCGAUCAACAUCCUAAUUAUCGCUGCUUAUCAACUCACUGCCACCGUCUUAUAAUUUUUCUCGUAAAAGAUAACGAUGAUACAACCUGUACGGUGUUCUGAGACAGACUGUACGAUUAAAUUCGAGCAUGGAUUGAACGAUGGAGAACGCUGGCAAGAUGACGUCGUUACCGAUAACUCGUAGUCAGAGAACGAAGAAUCGUUUAGGGUGGGGUCUUCUCGUGGAAUCGUGGCCAUGUAACCCGUUCGUGUUUCAGUGAGAAAGUGCGCGUUCAACAGAGUGGCGAUCGUCGUUAUGCAGUGACUAAGGUCCCUCGACAUUUAUUUCUCCUUCUUUUUUUUUUUUUAUUAUUGAAAAUGUGAAAAAGUGAAGAGGGGAAGAAGUUAGAAAUUGAUAAAAAUGGUGCAUCUAUGGAGAAGAAUAUUCAUUGGGAUCCUCCUGUUGUUUCAUAGAGGAUUAUUAGAAUCGACAGCGAUAGAUAUAGAGGAAAUAACGAAAGCCCCUGAAUUAAUAAAAAACGAGGGUGACGCCCUGGAGAUCGAAUGUUACGGUUUCGAAAAAAUCUCCUUCAUUUAUCCUAAUGUUUCAAAUGGAGCGCUCACCGUCUCGGACGCCUUCGUCACAGAAGGACAAUUUCCAAAUGGCACCCACAAGUACCUGUUCCAAAGACCGGAAACUGUUUAUGGAGAUACGGGAUUGUACGGUUGUCCAAAUCAUUUACUCCAAGUUACCUCAGAUCCUCACUUCACGACAGAAGGAAGCUUCGUGUACAUUUAUUUUCAAUCAAACACAAGUUUGUUCGUAGAAGCCAACACAUUUUCAUCGUUGCGCAAAAUUAUCGGCGAGACCGCUGUAAUACCAUGCAGGCCAACGUCGCCUGAUUUAAGGGUUAAUUUAGAUUCCGGCGAGACGAAUAUCGAUCAGAACAGACUGUCUUUCAAUCCAAGAAUCGGAUAUACACUGAGCAAUCUUACAAUCAAAGACAGUGGAUACUUCAAUUGCGAAAUAGAACGCGACGGUGUAAUUGGGGAGGUCAAUUAUCAUCUACUAGUGGAUCGAUAUCAACCAUUGAACGAGCCAAAAAUACAGGAAAGUACCCUGGGCUAUGUGACACGGGGUCAAACUUUAUUCGUGAAUUGCACGACAGAAGUGAACGCAGAUUUGCAGUAUGUUUUCAAUUGGUCAACACCGCAACAGGACAGCAGGAUAACUAGCCGUUAUUAUCGUAAAAUUUACGGUGCGAAUAUUCUGAGAGCCACUAAUGAAUUAGUUAUAAGAAAUGUGUCGGAUGAGGACGAAGGAUGGUACGAAUGCAGCAUCACGUCCUUUUAUGAUUCGAAGAGGACGAGAAAAUAUAUCCAAGUUCAUGAUCCAGAAUACAAAUUUAUUAAUCUAACAGCUCAGGAUGCUGAUAGAUAUUACCAGCGUCAGGAAGGUGAUAAAGUACAAUGGGUCGUAUAUGUACAAGCCUAUCCUGAAGCCACUCUUAAAUGGUUGGAUCCAAGGGGAGAUGAAAUCGUAGACAAAAUGAAUAAUUACGCGAUAAGUUACAGUCCCACUAAAACGAUAUUGAAAAUUAAUACUUUAAAAAUUAGCAACAUGGGAAUCUAUUCUCUUCAAGCUACCAAUGGGGACAGAAACGAAAUGUUGAAUUUUACAUUAGAUGUGAUAGUUAAACCUAUACUGAUGUUGGAAGAAUCUCAUUAUUACUCUCUUAAUCAGGAAGCUAAAAUACUUUGUGAUAUAGUGGCAUUUCCAUUACCUAAUAUUUCAUGGAGUUUCACGAGGUGCCCCGAGUAUCCUACGUGUGAGGAUAAAAGCACAAUCUUAACGGAUACCAAGGAAACAUUAACAGAUACGAGAUUUUACUCGAAAGUAAAAAUGACUUUUGAAAUGACUGGUCAAUUGAAAUGCACCGCGUGUAAUAUUCUUGGAUGUGAAUCUAGUAUUCAAAAUGCCUUAGUCUCUGAUGGAAGAGGUGGCUUCGGUAUAAUCGAGCCAAAGGAAUUAGUGACCGUAGGUGACGAUCUAGAACUAAUCUGUGCUGCCUCGGUUUAUAAUUACUCAGAUAAUUUUGAUUGGAGAUACGGCAAUGAUACACGUAUCGUAGAAAAUAACAGAUUAUCGAUCAUUCGUAGCAGGACUCAAUUCACUCAUCGUUCGAUAUUAAAAAUAAAGAAUGUUAAUAAGGGAGAUUCAACGAAUUACUCGUGUACCAAUAAAGAAGAGAUGAGUUAUUUCCUGCAGGUUCAUGAUGCACGAGCACCUACUUUUAAGGAAACUAACAUGAACAAGAACGAGCUUACUGUAGAUUUAAAUACGGACGCACAUAAAACAGUGAUUCUGAAAUGUUUUGCGGAUGGAAUGCCUAGACCAAAUAUCACUUGGUACAAGGACGACACGUUAAUAAAAAAUAAUGACCAAUACAUGCUCCUCUACCAUCACCAAGAGCUUCAUAUUAAAUAUCUGCUAGGUUCUGACAGUGGCAAGUACUCGUGUCUAGUAGAGAAUCGUAUUGGAAAAAUUGAAGCUUCUCAAUUAAUAACGAUAAAAGGAAAAGUGAUUCCUAAGGAACUAAUCAUAUUGAUCGGCGUCUUAGCGAUCACUGUCGUGAUUUUAAUUGUCUACUUCACGAUCAAGGUUCGACGUGAGAAGAUAAUGAGGAAAGAAUUAAUGGAAGCUGGUCUGAUGCACUUUGAAGAGGGAGCAAUAGAAUGUUUGAAUCCGGACAUGACUGUGGACGAUCAAGCCGAGUUACUUCCUUAUGACAAAAAAUGGGAAUUUCCUAGAGAAAGAUUGAAAUUAGGAAAGAAACUGGGAAGCGGAGCCUUCGGUGUUGUCAUGAAAGCAGAAGCACAAGGAAUUUGCGAACAUGAAACAGUUACCACGGUAGCUGUAAAAAUGGUUCGUCGUACAACCGAUCCUACCUAUGUUAGAGCACUUGCCAGUGAAUUGAAAAUUAUGGUUCAUCUUGGAAAACAUUUGAACGUUGUUAAUCUCCUCGGAGCGUGUACAAAGAAUAUCUCGAAACGUGAAUUGCUGGUGAUCGUUGAAUACUGUCGAUUUGGAAAUUUGCAUAAUUAUUUGUUACGUCAUAGAGCUGAUUUCAUUAACCAAAUUGACCCAGCAACCGAAAAAAUUGAUCCCAAUAUCGGUAUAGAUAUUCUAACCAGAUCUGCCAGCAUUGAAAGUAACUACAGGAUAAAAUACGCGGCAUUGUCAUUUUCCCGCAGUCUUAGCGCGAAUUCUGGCACCGAUUCGGUGCACUAUCAAGCCACCGCACCUAUGGAUUCUCAAGGUGUUAGCAUGUCCCCGGACGGUUGCAUCGUCAGCAACGAGUCGUCUCAGCCAGGAUGGAGAUCCAACUAUCGCGGUGAUUACAAGGAUCACAAUUUGAAACCAAUCUGCACGCAGGAUCUAUUGUCCUGGGCAUUUCAGGUGGCGCGGGGGAUGGAGUAUCUUAGUCAGAGAAAAGUAUUACACGGCGAUUUAGCCGCGAGAAAUAUUUUACUGGCCGAGAAUAAUGUGGUAAAGAUAUGCGAUUUCGGGCUGGCUAAAACUAUGUACAAGGAUAAUAAUUAUAAGAAGAAAGGGGAUGGCCCGUUGCCCAUUAAAUGGAUGGCUAUCGAAUCGAUCAGAGAUCGAAUUUUCUCUACACAGUCGGAUAUUUGGUCGUUUGGUAUUGUUCUAUGGGAAUUCUUCACGUUAGCUGAGACACCCUAUCCUGGAAUGGAAGCUGAGAAACAGUAUCAGAAACUGAUCGAAGGAUACAGGAUGGAGCAGCCGGAAUAUGCCACUCCUGACAUCUACAACAUAAUGCUCCAGUGUUGGAAGGCUAAACCUACUUUGCGACCAAGUUUCACAGAACUAGUGCUUAGCAUAGGUGAUCUCUUAGAAGAGAGUAUAAAAACGCACUACAUCAGUCUAAACGCCCCUUACUUGGACAUGAACACAAUGAUGCUGGAAGCUGGUAAAAAUGACUAUUUGACGAUGCUGUCUGCUCCUGAUCACGCGACCCUCUCCUCGCCCUCCCACGAGUAUGCAAACUCGCCCUUGAAUUCACCAGCUUCCACGUACCUGUGCAUGAGUCCAGCGAUCCGGAAGGACGAAUCAGGAAUAUUCAGUCCUAGACCGCAGGAAGAACGAACUCAUUUCGAAUUUCCAUCCCCUACGUCCGACUCCGAGGACGCGGUGGAAUUAUCACCGAUGCUGAAGAAGCAAGAGGAGGACGACGACCCUUAUCUAAAGCCCAUCAACGUCCACGAACGAAGGGCUGAGUUCGCCCGACAGAGGCAAGCAAUGAAGAAUCAAAGUAACGAUCGACCGAUCGAUAGGGAUUCAGGAUACUGUAACACACCUAGAAAUGUUCAUCUGAUAGAUCUGAACGAGAAGAACCAGAAACAUUCGGAGGUGGUUGACAACGAUGAGAGAACGGACGCGAAUUCGAAGAAGGAUUUCGUCCCAGCUAUCAUCAGAACGCAGGAUAAUUAUGUGAAUAUGCCUAAACAGAAGAUCGACUUGAGAAAAGACGUACCUGAUGGAUUCAGCAAUCCCAGUUAUGUAAUGAUCGACACUCGAGAGACGAAUUUAGAGGAACGGUGCUGAAACUUCUUCUCUAUGUAAGCAUCAUUUGUGUAAUUAUAAGAAAAUUCAUGAAUUGAGACACUUUUUUACGUUUACUAGUAUCACGUGUUUCCUUUUGUGCAUAUUGCUUCAUUUUCAAUGUGCCAUGACAAAACGUUGCGCUUAAAUAACACGGACAACAGUUUUGUUCGUUUAUUAAUCUUUGAUCGAGGUUGAAGGUUUAAUACUGAUUUUACAAAAUUAAGAAUAUCCUUCGAUUUAGUGUAAGGAUAGAAGUAUAUACUAGAGUAAUUGCUAUUUUUUGUAAUUCGUUGAUUAAAUGCUCGAAUAUAAUUUUUUUUAAAUAUUCCUUGUAAGAUAUCAGCGAUUGUAUGUUAUAAGGAAAGUUACCGCUAAAUUUCCUAAAUAAAGCAAUAUUUUUAUAUUUUUUAAUACUUUUACGUCGUGCUUUAUUUUAAAAGUAUUGAAAGAAGAAGAUUGAUUAAUAUGGAAUUGUUUAAACGUUUUGAAAAUUUUAUUAUCAGUAAAUCUGAUAUCAAUUAGAGAAUUCAUUCAUUAUUAUUAAUAUGUACGAAUAGAUCAAAGUUUUAACAUUUCAUUAGAUAUAUUUUGAUAUUAUGCCAUUCGCGCUAGUAUUAUUUUAUGAUUAAGUACUUUUUAACUGAGAUAAUGUACAAGAUUCAGACAAUAUUAUGAAAUAUUCGAAUGUAUGUAACAAUGAAAUUCAAUCAGUGUGCUUUUGAUAAUGUACUUACUACUUGAUUAAUUGAAAAUUCAGUCCAUGCAACGAUUAUAAAAUAUCUUCUAAUCAAACUACGAAUUUCAGACGUGCAAUUUACGUAGCAAAAAUUAAUUAAUUUAGUACUUAACGCGUUGAGACUUACAAAUCAGAAAUUUUCAAGAAGUUCAUUAUGAUCUAUUAGACCAAAGAAUUGUGUUUCAAUGGUAAUAAACUGUUAGCUAUUUGUCGUGUGAAAGAAUGUCACAGAAGAGUAUGCCUGCCAGAUUAAUUUAAAUUUUCUAAUCGUGAAUCAUGUUUCUGUUUAGGUAACUUGUACAAUAAACUUUUUACAUAAAACAAUAA